UUCUUUUUCCUCUUAUUUUGUCUUCAUCUUCUUUCUCUUCAUUUUCUCCUUGAAAGUUGAAACGAAGCAAAAGCUAUAUAUAUGGAGAUUGAAGCCCAUUUCAUGGUUGUAUUGGUUUCUGGUGCUAAUGAAGCUCCAAGUGGGUACAGUGCCAUGCAAUCCAACAUAGACAAAAUAACAUUCUCAAAUUCAUGAAACCUCUUCAUUUGCCCAAGUUAAAAGCCUUUGUUUCUUCAAAAAUAAAAACUUUGUCAUCCCCACAAACCCCCUUCUUUUAUGAGGAACUUCUGGGCAAAGCAUUAGACCAAUACCCAGAUAUAAAAACCUUGAAAAGUGUCCACUCCAAGAUUUAUUACCUCAAUUUUCAUGACAACCCAUCUCUAGGAAUCAAGCUCAUACGAGCAUAUGCUGCUUGUGGUGAACCCUUGUUUGCACGGAAGGUGUUUGACGAAAUUCCUGAGAGAAAUGUUGUGUUCUAUAAUGUCAUGAUUAGAAGUUAUGUCAAUAACCAUUGGUUUGAUGAUGCAUUGCAUGUUUUCAAGGCCAUGGUUAAUGGUGGGUUUAGUCCAGAUCAUUAUACUUACCCUUGUGUUCUGAAGGCUUGCUCGUGCUCUGACAAUUUGAGCUUUGGGUUGCAGCUGCAUGGAGCUCUGCUGAAGGUUCGGCUUGAUUCAAAUGUGUUCGUUGGGAAUGGUCUCAUUGCAAUGUAUGGGAAAUGUGGUUGCUUGCUCGAGGCAAGGCGUGCUCUAGAUGAAGUGCCAAGCAGGGAUGUUGUAUCGUGGAACUCAAUGGUUGCAGGAUAUGCGCAGAAUAUGCAGUUUGAUGAUGCAUUGGAGGUUUGUCGGGAAAUGGAGGCUUUGAAACAAAAACCAGAUGCAGGUACAUUGGCUAGUCUCAUGCCAGCUGUAAGUAACACAUCAUCUAAUAAUGUUUUGUAUGUUAGGGAUAUGUUUAUGAAUUUAGACAAGAAGAGUUUGGUUUCAUGGAAUGUGAUGAUAGCCACAUAUAUGAAAAAUUCUAUGCCUAGCAAAGCUGUAGAGUUGUAUUUAGAAAUGGAGAAAACUGGGGUAGAACCUGAUGCAAUCACUUGCGCUAGUGUUCUUCCAGCUUGUGGGGAUCUCUCAGCUUUAUUGUUAGGAAGGAGGAUUCAUGAAUAUGUUGAUUGGAAGAAAUUGUGUCCAAAUUUGCUAUUGGAAAAUGCAUUAAUAGACAUGUAUGCUAGAUGUGGAUGUUUAGAUGAUGCAAGAAAAGUAUUUGAUAGGAUGAAACUUCGUGAUGUUGCUUCAUGGACUUCAUUGAUAUCUGCUUAUGCUAUGGCUGGACAAGGUUGUAAUGCUGUGGAACUCUUUACAGAAAUGCAAAAUUCUGGUCUGAGCCCAGAUUCAAUUGCCUUCGUCGCAAUUCUUUCGGCAUGUAGCCAUUCAGGAUUACUGGAUGAAGGGAAAAUCUAUUUUAAACAGAUGACAGAGAAAUAUAACUUAACACCAAGAAUUGAACACUUUGCUUGUUAUGUAGAUCUUUUAGGGCGUGCCGGUCAAGUAGAUGAAGCUUACAAUUUCAUCAAGCAGAUGCCGGUGGAGCCCAAUGAAAGGGUGUGGGGUACACUGCUUAGUUCUUGUCGUGUGUACUCCAACAUGGACAUUGGGGUUUUAGCAGCUGACAACCUACUUCAGUUGGUUCCUGAGCAAUCAGGUUACUAUGUCUUGCUAUCCAAUAUUUAUGCCAAGGCCGGAAGAUGGAAAGAAGUUACUGCUGUUCGAUCAUUAAUGAAGAGAAGGAGAAUUCGAAAAACACCUGGAAUCAGCAAUGUUGAGCUGAACAAUCAGGUUCAUACUUUUCUCGCAGGUGACACGUUGCAUCCACAAUCAAAGGAGAUCUAUGAAGAGCUUGGUGUGCUAGUGGGGAAGAUGAAAGAGUUAGGUUAUGUCCCUGAGACCGAUUCUGCUCUUCAUGAUGUGGAGGAGGAGGACAAGGAAUGCCAUCUUGCUGUCCACAGCGAAAAGUUAGCCAUUGUGUUUGCUCUGCUGAAUACUCAAAAUUCUCCAAUCAGAAUCACAAAAAAUCUUCGUGUUUGCGGAGAUUGUCAUAUUGCUGCAAAGCUUAUCUCCAAGAUUGCUGGACGGGAAAUUGUCGUUAGGGACACCAAUCGGUUCCACCAUUUUAAGGAUGGUAUAUGCUCUUGUGGAGAUUAUUGGUGAGUUCCCAGUGAGAGUAUAACUGUAUCCUACAACAUUACAAUAAUUUUGAAAUAUAAUCUGUAUAUGAUGGCAGAGAUUUUUAUUUAUUUUUAACAUUUUUUCUGUACAAAUAUACUCAACUUUUAUUCAAUAUUUUUGGUUCCAAA